AUUUCUUAACUGUACAUAUAAAAUUCUGCAAAAUCCUAUCAAUCUUCUAUCACCAUUUCUCAGUAAAAAUGGCUUCAAAAAUCCAAAUAUCAGCUCUAAUCUUACUUGCAUUCCUGUUUCCAGUCAUUCAUGGAUGGGGAAUUGAUGGGCAUGUCAUUGUUUGUAGAAUAGCACAGCCUCGGUUGAGUGAAACCGCCGCAGAUGCAGUGAAGCAACUGCUUCCAGACUAUGCUGACAACGACCUCGCCAGCUUAUGUGCAUGGGCAGAUCGUGUGAAGUUCCGGUACCACUGGUCGAGACCCCUGCAUUACAUUGAUACACCAGAUUCUCUCUGCAACUACCAAUAUAACAGGGAUUGUAAGGAUGAAAGUGGAGAGAAAGGAUUCUGUGUUGCUGGGGCAAUCAACAACUACACAGAUCAGCUUCUUGCAUAUGGAGGUUCUUCUGAAAGCCAAUAUAACCUCACAGAAGCACUUCUCUUCCUUUCUCACUUUAUGGGAGACAUCCACCAGCCACUGCAUGUAGGUUUUACUUCAGAUAGGGGAGGCAACACCAUUGAUAUACAUUGGUACACAAGGAAGUCAGUUCUCCAUCACGUUUGGGAUAACAACAUCAUUGAGACAGCUGAAGAAAGAUUUUACAACUCCAAUGUAGAAGACAUGAUUGAUGCAAUCAAACAAAACAUUACGGGCGAGUGGGCAGAUCAAGUACGGAAAUGGGAAAAAUGCAGCUCUAAUGCAAAUGCAUGCCCAAACACAUACGCAUCCGAAAGUAUUAAUGCUGCAUGUGAUUGGGCAUACAAAGGUGUAACUGAAGGCUCAGUACUCGAAGAUGACUAUUUCCUAUCUCGCUUGCCGAUUGUGAAUUUGCGGCUUGCUGAAGGUGGAGUUCGGUUGGCGGCCACCCUCAACAGAAUCUUUGGAUGAAACUCAAAACCUGGUCCCAGUACAGACAUUAUGAGGUUGUAGACAAAAAUGCAGAGAGAUUUUAUCUCAAUCUGCAAUUGCUUUGAUUGGUAUGAUGUUUAUAUGGUUUUAAAUAACUAGAAUGGUGUUCCAGUUCUCGUACGGAAAUUAGUUAGUUGCAUGAAAAUGGUGAAGACUACUACUACUAUGGACUUGGUUUUCUGAACAA